GCCGGAGGAGGAGGUGGAGGAGGAGGAGGAGGAGGCGCCGCCUUCUUGCCGCGCGCCCUCGCUGUUGUCUGCGCUCCGCUCUGGACCAGUUUGGGGAAGUUGCCGGAGCCCCGCGUCGCCCAGAUGUGCGACCUCAUUGAGCCGCAGCCGGCCGAGAAGAUCGGCAAGAUGAAGAAGUUGCGGAGAACUUUGUCGGAGAGUUUCAGCCGCAUCGCUUUGAAGAAAGAGGACACCACCUUUGAUGAGAUAUGUGUCACAAAGAUGUCUACACGGAACUGCCAGGGAAUGGACUCAGUGAUCAAACCCCUGGACACAAUUCCUGAGGAUAAAAAAGUCAGGGUUCAGAGGACACAGAGCACUUUUGACCCAUUUGAGAAACCAGCUAAUCAAGUAAAGAGGGUGCAUUCCGAGAACAAUGCUUGCAUUAACUUCAAGUCCUCCUCCACUGGCAAAGAGUCACCAAAAGUUAGGCGGCACUCCAGCCCCAGCUCGCCAACCAGUCCCAAAUUUGGAAAAGCUGACUCAUAUGAAAAACUGGAAAAACUAGGGGAAGGAUCUUAUGCUACAGUUUACAAAGGAAAAAGCAAAGUAAAUGGGAAGUUGGUAGCCCUGAAGGUGAUCAGGCUGCAAGAAGAAGAAGGUACACCUUUUACAGCUAUCAGGGAAGCCUCUCUGUUAAAAGGACUAAAACAUGCUAACAUAGUGCUGCUUCAUGACAUCAUCCACACCAAGGAGACGCUGACACUUGUGUUUGAAUAUGUGCACACUGAUUUAUGUCAGUACAUGGACAAGCACCCUGGGGGGCUGCAUCCAGAUAAUGUGAAGUUGUUUUUAUUUCAGUUGCUGCGAGGGCUGUCUUACAUCCACCAGCGUUAUAUUUUGCACAGAGACCUGAAACCACAGAACCUUCUGAUCAGUGACACGGGGGAGUUAAAGCUGGCAGAUUUCGGUCUUGCAAGAGCAAAAUCUGUCCCUAGCCACACAUACUCCAAUGAAGUCGUUACCUUGUGGUACAGACCUCCAGAUGUCCUCCUGGGCUCAACAGAAUAUUCCACCUGCCUUGACAUGUGGGGUGUUGGCUGCAUCUUUGUUGAAAUGAUCCAAGGAGUUGCUGCUUUUCCAGGAAUGAAAGACAUUCAGGAUCAACUUGAACGAAUAUUUCUGGUUCUCGGAACGCCAAAUGAGGACACGUGGCCUGGAGUUCAUUCUUUACCACAUUUUAAGCCAGAACGCUUUACCCUGUACAGCUCUAAAAACCUUAGGCAAGCGUGGAAUAAACUCAGCUAUGUGAAUUAUGCAGAGGAUCUGGCCUCCAAGCUCCUACAGUGUUCCCCAAAGAACAGACUAUCAGCACAGGCUGCCUUGAGCCACGAGUAUUUUAGUGACCUGCCCCCACGGCUAUGGGAACUGACUGAUAUGUCUUCUAUUUUUACCGUCCCAAACGUAAGAUUGCAGCCAGAAGCUGGAGAAAGCAUGCGGGCCUUUGGGAAAAACAAUAGUUAUGGCAAAAGUCUAUCAAAUAGCAAACACUGAUGAGCACAACAUUCUCAAGAGAGCACAGUUGGAGUAAUAAAAUUAUGAAGUAUGGAACUGUUUCAAUAGUAGAACUGUAGAAGUAAGAGUCUUUUGUUCACUUAGAUUUCAGUUUCAUGUAUUUUGAUCAGAGGUAUGUAUAAAGCCUGAAGAAAUUUG